UGGUGGCUAGUGAAGAGAGUGGCGCGUGCAUUUUCUCGAAGUGUAAAGCCAUCACUUCUUCUUGAGCUCACUUUUGUAGCUAAAAAAGCACUCUCCUUUCCCUCUCUCAUCACCACCACCACCACCGCCACAGCAACCAUGACAAAGCCACCACCCUCGUUAUUCCUCAUUUUCCUUUCUCUCUCUCUUCUUUUUAUCUUCUCUGAAUCAAGACUCUCUUACAACUACUACGACAAAUCAUGUCCAAGAUUCACUCAAAUCAUGCAAGAAACCGUUACCAACAAACAAAUCACUAGCCCCACAACCGCCGCCGCCUCUCUCCGUGUCUUCUUCCACGACUGUCUCCUCAACGGCUGCGACGCCUCCAUUCUCAUCUCCUCCACUCCUUUCAACAUGGCCGAGCGCGAUGCAGACAUCAACCUCUCACUCCCAGGUGACGCAUUCGAUCUAGUCACUCGUGCCAAGACUGCUCUCGAGCUCUCUUGCCCCAACACAGUUUCUUGCGCUGAUAUCCUUGCUGUUGCCACCCGCGACCUUGUCACUAUGAUGGGUGGUCCUUACUAUAACGUUCUUCUUGGAAGGAAGGAUUAUCGCAUCUCCAAAUCUUCUUAUGUAGAAGGGAAUCUGCCAAGACCCACUACGCCGAUGUCUAGCAUUAUCAAGAUUUUCACUUCUAAAGGUUUUACUAUUCAGGAAAUGGUGGCUCUAAGUGGGGCGCACACUAUAGGUUUCUCUCACUGCAAGGAGUUCAGUAGCAGUGUGUAUAAUGACACACAUUAUAAUCCAAGAUUUGCUCAAGGGUUGCAGAAGGCUUGUGCUGAUUAUCCAAAGAAUCCAACUCUUUCAGUUUUUAAUGAUAUUAUGACUCCAAAUAAGUUUGAUAACAUGUAUUUCCAGAAUUUGCCUAAAGGGUUGGGAUUACUAGAGUCAGAUCAUGGGUUGUAUAAUGAUCCAAGAACCAGGCCUUUUGUGGAGAUGUAUGCUAAAGAUCAGAAUAAGUUUUUCCAUGAUUUUGCAAAGGCUAUGGAGAAGCUUAGUGUUCAUGGAAUCAAGACCGGAAGAAGAGGUGAGAUUAGGCGCAGGUGUGAUGCUAUCAACUGAUAAUGUCAAAGUUUUCUUUUAAUUAUUUCUUCUUGUGAUUGAGGAAGGAAAGGGAGAUUAAUUGGUUGAUGGUGGGUUCUUCUUGAGUUAAUUCUUUCUUAAAUCUGCGAGGAUCUGAAGAUGAUAUGUAUACAAUUUUUAUCUUUCUCUGCACCAAUCAUGAUAUGAAGCUUAAGUUAUACAUAAUUUGUUUAAUUGUUUGUUUGUUCUUGAUGUCAGUCUUUCAGUUUUCCUCCUUGUGAGUCUCUUGAUUUCGUUCUGUUGAAUAUAGAGCUUUUCCUAGUACAGAAAA